CCAACAUAUAUUUUUAUUUUUAUUGAUUUGCUGAUUUUUUUUUUAUUUAUCGGCUUAUUUAUGCUAUCUAAAUGUUAAUUACUGUCUUACCUUUUUCUUUAAAUCAAGAUAGACUUGCUUGUAGUUUUUAAAUAGUUAAUUCUUUAUAAUAGCUUAAGUUCUAUUAGAUUAGAUUAUUGAAACUUGAAUGAACCUCCUUUUUUUUUAAACAAAUUAUUCCUUUUGUCCUAUCUUAAACAUUCAGGCCUAAAUAAUUUUAAGUGUAGAUUAAUGCUUAUUGGAUUACAUCAUAAUUGCACGCUGGAGGGGAUUUGUUUUAACUAGUUUUCAAAUAUUUCAUAGAUUGUAUUGUUUGCACGGGGUUUUAUUUUUGUCAAUGAAUCAUCAAUAAUUUUAAGUGAGUAAGUUUUAUCUUUUUUAUAUCAGACAUAACAAAUAAUAACUAAUACAUAUGUAACAACUAUAUUAAAUAAACUUGCAAAUCAUUCAAACUAAUGAGUGAAUCAGAAAACGAAUCCAUGGAAACAACUAGAAUGUAUAGGGAUGACUUAGAAUUGUCUCGUUUGUCAUUACAUCUUAGUUCUAGAGAUUUAAUUAAUGAUACUCCACAGCAUAAGUAUCUUUCUAAGCCUGAUGUAACUUUUGAUUCAUUACCUGGAGAAGCUUCAGUAGAUUUUGUACUUGUUACUUCUACAAAAGCAAAAACACCAGUUGAUACAAAUGGUUGGAAUCGUAGAUCUGCAUUUGAAGAACGCAUGAAAGAACAAGGUUUGCUUCUAGAAGAGGAUGUUAUUGGUGGAUUAACUUUUGUUAAAGUACAUGCCCCUGUUCCUGUUUUACGUAGAUAUUGUGAGAUUUUAAAAUUACGAAUGCCGAUGAAUGAGUGCACAUUUCAUGAAAAUAUACCUCAAACAGGAUUUGAUUUAUUUGACACAAUAAAAUCGAUGAUUGGAAAAUUUGUAAGAUUAUUUGUUACUAUUGAUCCUGGGUCUCUAACCCCUUCAAAAUAUAUAUUAACUGCAGAAUAUUCUCGUGAUAAAAGUUAUUUAUUUAAUGAAGAUGAUCCAAGUUUUUUUUCGGCUGAAGUUCGAACAUUAGUUAUUGACUUUAUUCUUAACAGAAUAAGUUGGGGAAAAGAUCAAGGAGAUGUUAACUGUGUCGGAAUUCAAUGCUUAUUAGAUGAAGGAAUUUAUAAAGCUGCUUAUCCAUUACACGAUGGUGAACAUACAACUGAAAAUUCUUUGCGACAUGAAUUAUAUGUUGAAUGGGCACUAUUAAGCAAAUGGAUUCGUAGACAACCAAUUGAUCAAAUUAAAGAAUACUUGGGUGUAAAAUAUGCAUUUUAUUUCACAUGGUUGGGUUUUUAUACUCACUUAUUGAUACCAGCUGCAUUUAUGGGAUUAAUAGUAUUUUUUUAUGGAGUUUUCACUUUACCCUAUGAUAAAUUUAGUUCAGAUAUUUGUAAUUCAACUGAUACCAUAAUGUGUCCAUUAUGUGAUCGUACAUGUGAUUAUUGGGAAUUAUCUAACACUUGUUUUUACGCAAGAUUGACACAUUUAUUUGAUAAUAACUUAACUUUUUUCUUUUCUUUUUUAAUGUCAAUAUGGGCUACUUUAUUUCUUGAACUAUGGAAAAGAUAUUCAGCUACAAUAACACAUCGCUGGGGAUUGACUGGAUUUACAUUAGAAGCAGAACAUCCAAGGCCACAAUAUUUAGCUCGAUUAUCAGGUUCAAAACACUCAAAAAUUAAUGUUGUUACUGGAAAUAUAGAACCCACUGUUCCUUGGUGGAAAAAAAUUCCUGCUACUGUAUUCAGUUUUUCUGUCCUGUUACUUUUAAUUAUGAUUGCUAUUGCUUCAGUAUUUGGAGUUGUCCUUUAUCGAAUGUCAGUAUUAACCUCGCUUAGUCUUGCAAGUCAGUCAGAUUGGAUGAGUCAUUAUAGUAACAUAAUUGUUCCAACUACUGCUGCCAUCAUUAAUUUAGUUUGCAUUCAAUUAUUAAAUUUUGUUUAUGACAAAGUUGCUAUGUAUUUGACUGAAAUGGAAUUAUUACGCACACAAACCGAGUUUGAUGAAUCUUUAUCUACAAAAAUUUAUUUAUUUCAAUUUGUCAAUUACUAUACAUCUAUUAUUUACAUAGCUUUUGUGAAAGGAAAAAAUACUGGUUAUCCUGCCAAGUAUUUACGUAUUUUUGGUCUCAGGCAAGAAGAAUGCAGUCCAGGUGGAUGUCUUAUGGAACUCAGCAUUCAGUUAUUUAUCAUUAUGGUAGGCCAGCAAGCAGUUAACACUAUAGUUGAAAUGAUAAUCCCUGCUGGUUUAAAUUGGUUCAAUUCACGCACUGAAAAUACAGGACGUUUAGAUGCUAUAAAAUCAUCGUCCGAAGAAAAAGAUCUAGAAUUGUCCAAUAAAAAACCAUGGACUGAAGAUUAUAAACUUUUAGAUUGGGGACCUAGAGGACUUUUUCCUGAAUAUUUAGAAAUGGUGAUGCAAUAUGGUUUUGUUACACUUUUUGUGUGUGCAUUUCCUCUUGGACCAUUUUUUGCAUUAUUGAAUAAUGUAUUAGAAAUGAGGCUGGAUGCUAAAAAGUUUUUACGGUAUUACAGAAAACCUAUUCCUCAUAGAGUUCCAAAUAUUGGUAUAUGGUAUCGUGUAUUAGAUAUAAUAGGAAAAUUGGCAGUCAUUACUAAUGGAUUCAUCAUAGCAUUUUCUUCCAAUUUUGUACCUCGAAUUGUAUAUUUACUUUUGCAUAGCGAAAAUGGUACAGAUGAAGGGUUUUUAAACAGCACUUUAGCUUACUUUUAUACUGAAGAUUUUGAAAAAGGUGUUACUCCGCUAAAUACUUCCUAUAAUGUCACAUAUUGUCGAUACAAAGACUAUCGAAAUCCACCAUGGUCACCUAAUAAGUAUGAAAGACCAACAUAUUACUAUGAAGUUCUUGUUGCUCGCCUUACAUUUGUUGUUAUUUUUCAGAAUAUUGUUUCAUUGGUGAAAGUAGUUGUUCAGUGGUUGAUACCUGAUGUACCAAAUGCUCUAAGUGAUAGAAUCAAACGAGAAUCAUACUUGACUACGCAAAUGAUUAUUAAACAUGAAGCAAAAAAAGCAGCAGAAGUAGAACACUACAGUGGUAUGAUGCAUGAUGUUAAUUCACCUCAAAGCUUAUAAAAUUACGCAGCUUACUAAGCUAUUAUUGAAGUCACUUAAAGCUGUCAUAUAAUUUUUUUAUUUUUUAAGAUAAAAAAUUCUAAAUUAGGCUUUAAAUACUUUAUAUUUUAUAAAUAAAAAAAUUAUCACAAGUAAUAUGACCAUUUUUCUUGACUGUUAAUAUUGCUUAAAUUAUUAAAUAGAUGAUAAUGUACUGAUUAAAUACUUUUUUAAAAACUUAUGCUAUGUGAUGUCAAUAUAUAAUUUAACAA